AUAUGUUCAGUACAAAAUAUAGUUUAUUUAGAUAUGUUCAUAUCGAUUUAUGUAUUGUCCGAUGAUUUUAUAUUUGAUUUACGGAUUUAAUUAUGUAUAUUUUUAAUUAAUUAUUAAUUAUUUUGAUUUCUUCGAAAACCGUCAACCUACAACGGUACCGAGAUUUUACUUCCCGAAAAUUUCAACAAAAUUCACCUUUAGCCUAAUUGGAACAUUCCGGACAUUUUUCAUGUUUUGACUUUUUCGAUCCGGAGUACGGUUUGUUCCGGAGCCGGUCCGGCGGAGUUUUCGGUAUUAGAUAAUUAUCUAGUUGUCUCGAUAAACGUGAAAUACAAUAUUUUAUUCUCAUCCUUAUCUUGUCAUAAUGACAGUGGGACCCGCAUACUAAUGACGGAUUAAAAAGCCCCGUUUUGAUGAUUAUCUCGAAAACCGGUACCGAUUGGACCCGUUUUAUUAGUAUAAAGCUACUAAACAUUGUAUUUUCAUGCCAUAUAUGAUCUAAAGGGGUACUAAUUAUUCAUAAGUAUAAAUAUACUUAACUGUACUUUAUUUUAUUACGAAAAUCAUAAAACCAGUUAAAACCGAGAAAUUCCCGAGAGAGUUUAUCGCGUUCUUGAGAUUCAAACGAAGAAUCGGAGGUGUUAUCGGACUCGGAUUUUGGUGUUCAAGUAUCCAAAUCGAAGGUUUCGACGUGUAGAAUCCAUUUUCAUCAUCAAAAACACUCAGAAAUCAUCAGACUAUCAGGCAUGUCAGGCCCCAGUACCCCGAUUCAUUCUGAUCAUUCAGAGUCGACAGUUGAGGGACUUCCACCCCGUCCAGGAGUUGUACCUAUAUCUCCACCCAGGGCACUUACACCCCCACCUGUAGCUGGACCUUCACGUCCACCUGGAUACCCUCGUAGUGGACAGACCCCUAUUGCAGCUGUACCGCUUAGGGCUAUACCCCCGUCUGCACCUGAGAUGCCCCCACCUGCUCCCAUUAUACGACCUCCUAUCCGUGGACCUCCACCAGAGCAUGAGUCUUCGGGAUUUUCAGGUGUCGGACCCUCUUAUCCGUGUUCCCCUCUUUCAGUACCCUAUCACUACUAUCAGGCACUUUUGAUGGAGAGAGAUGAGUUGUUGGGCCAGAUUGGGGAGCUGACACAGGCGAUGAGGGAUUUAGAUCCUAAUAGGGCAGAGCGACAGUUGAGAGAGGAGAUACGUGCUUUUUGGAUAGAGGCAGUAGAGAGGUUAUGUGGGAUUACCGCACCACUUGGUACCCCUGGAGAUAUUAUAGAUUGGGCUCGUUGGGUCUUGGAGCGGCUGGAUGUUAUCGGAGGACCAGACUUUCCCUAGGUUUGGAGUAUAUCAUGUGUUGGAGAUGGUUAGUAAUAUAGUGAGUAGUGUGUAUGAUGCAGUAUGUAGUGAGUAGUUGUAUCAGGUCAGCAGAUUUUGACAUGUACAUAUAGACUAGCGGAGCUGGCCAGAUAAUGUGUAUGUUGUGAUGGUCAUCAGCCGAUUUUGACAUGUAUAUAUAGACUAGCUGAGUUGACUGGAUAGCCUUGUUGUUGCUGUUGUUGUACUUUACUUUUGAUAAAGCGCUUGACGCUUGUAUCUCCAGCACUGACUUAUAUAUAUAUCAGCAUCUUUUACUUUACA